AUGAAGUCGAUAUGGAAGAGAAGUGCUUUCAGCAAUAUCUCCGCUCGAGCUCAUCUUUCAGAGCACACCAAUCAAGACGAAGCUGCUUCAUCUAGCCCAGGUAGCACAUCGACCCCAGGUCAUAUUGACGACCAAGAACUCGACCUGUACCGGACACUAUACUGGAAGCUUCAGAAUCUCGAAUACCAUCAAGACAUCUUGCCAACAGCGUAUCAGACAUUUAACACCCUGCUGGAAGAUGUGGUCAGUGGGGAGAGCAUCGGUCACAGCAACAGCAUACUGUCUAUUGCUCGGUACGAUGAUGCCGCGCUUCAGAAAUUUGUAGGUAUCCAGCAUGACAUGGUCUUCGAUCAAUACCACCAGUACCUGCAGCGCCGAAAGUCUGGAGGAAAGCCCGAAGUCUUCAGGACCCGAGGAGAAGCUGAACAAUGGCUGAUUCGGAAUGCCCCCGUCAAAUACGUGGAUGGCGCUUGGCUGGGCAAUAUCCAUCGCGUCACCACCCUGUUCGCCCUUCGCCCCGUCACCAAGAUCGCUUACCAAACUCUCUCCGAAGAGCUUGGGGACGGCGAUCUGGCCAAAAACCAUGUCUACCUCUACCAGGAAGUUCUGCGAAGGACCGGCAUCACUCUUCCCGCCGGAGACUCCCCUGACUUCAUCCAGAAAGGUCUGGGAAUGGAUGACACCCGUGUCUGGAAGGCUGCCGUGGGACAACUUCUCAUAUCCUUGUUUCCACACGACUUCCUACCAGAAAUUCUGGGCUUCAAUCUGCACUUUGAAGCAUUGACGCUAGACACACUCAAGGCUGCCAAAGAGCUACCUUCAUUUGGUAUCUCCGCUCAGUACUUCCUCAUACACAUAUCGGUAGACAACGCUGACUCUGGACACACCGCGAUGGCUCUGCACGCAGUCCAGAAAUACCUGGAUGUCGUGGAAGAAGUUGAAGGACCGCAAGCAGUGCAGGCGGUCUGGAAGCGCGUUCAGGCUGGCUAUCUGCUAUCCAAAAGGCUUGGAGAGCGUGACGACCUGGUCAAUAGUGAUGGGGACUCGCCCUUGACUCAGGAAGAGGCCACUAUCAUCCAGAUUCUUCGAGACAAAGCCGCAGUUUCUCAUAGGUUGCAUUGCACAAGUCGGGUCAAGAUCGGUGGCAAGGCCUUGGCUGACUGGCUGUCACCCAGAUAUCUGGACGACAUCCGCCAACAAAGGGCCAUAUUAUCUGGGCUCGGCAAUGCGUCGCCCUGGAUAGUCAAAGGAAACGCCGGCAAGAGUCGUUUGAUCAACGAGCUGUUGUGGAAAGGGAAGAUGUUUGGCGCUUUCACCGUCACUGAAAUCAUGGCUUUUAGAUCUUGGAUCGAGUCUCUGGAGACUGCGGAGCCUUUCUCAAAGCCGCUACAAGAGGACAUGACUCUUUUUGAAACUGAGUCGCACAGUUUCUGGCAGGCCAAACAAGCAGGCAUGACUUGGCAGUAUUCCACGUCACCCGAGACGCCAGAGAGUCUUCGAGCUGCGUGCAACAACAGGGCGCAACGAGCUUUGUUGGAGAUCCCGGACUUCCAUGCUAAGAGGCCCUUGCAGAUAGCCGAACGGUCCUUCGACGUCUUGCGCCCAUUAUGGUUUGCCCACCUUUGCCUCCUGGAGAACACCAUCCGAAUCCCAUAUCAAACAGCCAACCCUCUGGUGUCUUGCAUCCUUCGUAUCCUCCGAGCAGAGCUCGGCUUCUCGGCAGAGGCAGACGGUGUGUAUGGCGCGGACGAGUUGAAAAGGGAAGGGAUGCACCGUGGUUUACUUGAUAUUGGGAGGAGCAUGGUGCAACGCCGAGGUUUGGCUGAUCCGUCCUGCUUGAAAGAAGCGUUCGGGGAGCUGGAUGGCAGCUGUCCGCUCGCGGUUAAGUUUUCGUAUUCGAUGUUGUCAUGGUCACUGCGGCCAAUGGAGAACUUGGGCCUGCUCUUGGGUCUCUCACGAGCCUUCUUGGACUUGGAAAGGCAGGUUUCUGUUGGCCCUUUUCUUGACUCGACAGACAGGGAGGCGCUGCAUCGGAUCGCUGAGAGGAAAGACAGAGGAUUCCAGGAGUGUCUGGAGAAUAUGGAAGAAGACUCGGCCAUACGUAGAGACUACCUCCUCGGGUAUCUGUUCGGCCAGGAACAGCUUCAGAGCUUGUUCGAGCCUUGUCAUGGGAUGACUAGAUUAUGUUAG